AUGGAGUGGGAUCCAACGCAAUUCUUCCGCGCCGACGACCCUCCAACGCUGUUCGCGCUGGUCGUCCUAAACCAACCAAUAAAUGAGAAUGCGUUUGCGGUACUAAAGGAACACGACGGCGGCGCAAAUCGCUACUAUGAUCUGAUGAAAAGGCAAGGCCGGGAGGCUUUGGAUCUGCCGUCUCUCAUCAUCGGCGACCUGGACUCCAUCAUGUCAGAUGUGAGAAGCCAUUACACGGGCCUAGGCGUGCCCGUCAUCCAAGACAGAGAUCAGUACUCGACUGACUUCACAAAAUGUCUGAAUUAUUUGCGCUCGCAUGCACAUGAGAUUGUUCCUCGGGAGUCUGGGACACAGCAACAACCUCUGAAUACCCUCAUCCUAGGCGGUCUAGGGGGGCGAGUAGAUCAAGCAUUUUCGCAAAUCCAUCAUCUGUAUACGAUGACGCAGGAGAUGCAACAGCAACAAGGGGCUGCACAAGAACAAGCAGAAGAAGAGAAGAAACCAAAAGAAGAAGGCAAUCUAUACCUCAUCUCCGAAGAAAGUAUCACAUUCAUCUUACGGCCAGGAAAAAAUGUGAUUCACACGCCGGGGACGAAUCGUCCUUUACCUUCUCCUUCUACCUCUACCUCAACCCCCACGCCUACAAGCGAAGAAGAUCACCACUUCCUAGAAGAAAACGUCGGCAUAAUUCCCCUCUCCGGGCCCGCGCGGAUCACCACCUCCGGACUUGAAUGGGACGUGACGGACUGGGCGACCUCGAUCGGGGGACAGUUGAGCACGAGCAAUCAUAUCCGGGCGGACAUGGUGGAGGUGGAGAGUCGAGUGCCGGUGUUGUUUACGGUGGAAUUGGCGAAGAGGUUUAAGAGGACGAGGUGA